UUUGCAAGGUCAUAGGUCACCACUCCAAGAUGGCGCCUCGCAUGAAUCACAACAAGGGUGAAUCUCUGAAAUAAAUAGUAGAACAGUGGUAUAAUGACAGGUUUGCGGGCUGACUGAUUCAUUCUGUGUAAGCCCAUUCACUCGGUAGUGUUGUUUUUGCAUUGUCAGAAAUACACGACCAUACCGCGGUACGUUUUAGACAUACGAUUUAGAAUUGACUCGAAAUGUCAGGGACAAAUGCUUGGACGCGCAGCCGAGCGCGAAUGAGGCUGUUCCCCGAGCUACUUGCCCAGUGUGCAGUAGAGGCAACUGCAUACGGCAAAUGUGUGACAGCGACAACUGUAGGGAAACAGGAAUUGAAGAGAGACCUGUGUGUGAAAGAGUUUGAAGCGCUGAAGACGUGCUUUGUGUCAUCGGCAAAGAAAGCUGGGAAAUAGCAUCUGGGUAUUGAAGCUUCUCCUAAUCCAAAAACCAGCGCUCCUCAAGAUAUACUUUGAAGUCUCAAGCUUAAAAUACUACUGUGUUUGAAGAAGGUCCCCUACUUGACAAGCACUUUGGUAUUACUAUUUACAUAUGCUCAGAGAUAUGGAGAGUCCAUCAAAUAUGGGAAUGUCUUUGUAACUACCUUCAUAAGGGUUCACUCAAGGAUUCAGAUUUGUGUAUCAACCGAGUGUUCUGAAGUCAUUAUGGACCAACAUUACCCACCAUUUUGUAAAUACAUGUGUUUAUUUUUCUCCUGAA